CGUCCACAUCAACAAGCCUGUAUUUUUGGAGGCAGUUUGACAAACACUGUUCCUCAGCUGAUGCCAGCCGCUGUCUGCACAUCCAGUCAGAGAUAUCACGCGUUAUUAGCGAUAAACCAGCACAAAACUAGCCUGCCACAUAGCCGCCGAGGUUGUAUGACAUCGUCGAGUUGAACUUUAGGACAAGCUAGCUUGUUUUUUCUCUCAAUUUCAAGGCUGUGACAACUCAACUCAAGACAACAGCGUCCUCGUCUGUCGCCUGGCUCACUCUUUACGCGACACAAACAAGCUACAGAGCGCUUUUCCGUCGCUAUUCUGACAGCUUGCUAACAUUAGCCAACUUAUUUUCCCCAAAGAGAACAUACGCUCAAUAUUCUUCUUUUUUUCAUCUACCAAGCAAGGCUCUACUUUGUUGUCGUCAACAAGCUUUUUAUUUUUGUUUUUGAAGAGCUGCCAAUAACUACCAAGACGCACAAUAUUCAGCCAACAAGUAGCAUUUUAAAGGCAGCAAAGCAACCACAGCAACCCAGCAGCAGAACCGUUAGUAUUAUCCUCGGCUAACAGGAGACCUGUACGAACCUCCAAGGCUUUCCUUUUUUUCCCCUUCAGUGACAGGCGCUGCAUUCAAGGCAUUUAACUUUUAAACAGCCUGUCGUGUGUCACGCUGCACAAGUAAACUCAACUAACAUUCUACACCUCGCCAUUUAAAGCAGUCGGUUAACACACGAAGCAGCGAGGCUCUGAGCUGAGUUUGACAAGGAGAGGAAGCCAGUGCUGGGACCUGAGGCAGGUUGUGUGCAGCCACGGAAUCCCUCAUCGUAUUGUUAUAAUAUCAGUAUUAUUGAAAAUGGCGGCGAUCGGGAUGGUGCAGAUGUUGAUCGAAGCAGCCGAGUACCUUGAACGUAGGGAACGAGAAGCAGAGCACGGCUAUGCCUCCAUGCCACCUUUCGUCAGCAGUCGAGAGAGGGAAAGCUUGAAAAGGAAAAGCAAAAGCAAGAAAAAUACAAGUAGCAGGUCUACGCACAACGAAAUGGAAAAGAACAGACGAGCACAUCUACGGCUGUGUUUAGAGAGACUGAAAUCCCUCGUUCCCUUGGGACCAGAUGCUAACAGGCACACCACGCUCAGCCUGCUGAUGAAGGCCAAAGAUCACAUCAAGAGGUUGGAGGAGAGCGACAAAAGGGCUCAGCACACUUUAGAGCAGCUACAACGGGAGCAGAGGCACCUGAGGAGGCGCCUGGAGCAGCUGGGGGUGGAGAGGACCCGCAUGGACAGCACUGGCUCCACUCUGUCGUCUUCCGAGAAGUCGGACUCUGACCAGGAAGACCUGGACGUGGACGUGGAGGGCACAGACUACCUGCUGGGUGACCUGGAGUGGAGCACCAGCAGUGUGAGUGACUCAGGAGACGAGCGAGGCAGCCUGCGCAGCAGCUGUAGCGAUGAGGGCUACUCCAGCGCCAGCCUGCUGCGCCUGCAGGACACUCAGGAGACGGCCAAGCAGCUGGGCUGCAGCCUAUAAACAGCACUGGUCACUGAGCCAGCACCCACCCACCGUCCUCCCCUCAGCCUAUCCUGUCCCAAGAUGGAUUCGUGAUUCCCUGAUCCCGCCCUCACCCUCCCUCCCUCCCUUCCUUUCCUUCCUUCCUUCCGUCCCUGCCUCUGUUGCCACUAGGACUGACCAUGUCCAACGCCUCUCUAGCCAGGCGGCUGCGGACUCCCUCUCCCCAAAGAGGCUUCCAUUCGGACUGCAGCUCCCCUCGAUACACCGGCCCACAUUUAGUCCAUCCUCAGCGGUCAGUCUUUAGGGUGUUACUCACUCUGCUCGGCACCAAUCAAAUGAGUGGGAUUUAAAAGACACUCCACCCCCUCCAUCUGUCAGAACCGCAACUUUCAGCCAGAGAAUGUUACCACACAAUAUCCCACUGCCUCUUUGUCUAUGCCUCAAGAGCCAUAGGAAGAACUUAACCAGAUCCAUCAUUACUGCACACAUACACACACAUGCGUGCAUACAUAAACAAACACACACACACACACACACACACACACCCCUUCGUCACUCCCUGUUGUCCAGUGAGACGGAGUUCUCUCUGAGGUGUGACACUGACACGAUGUGCUCACCAGUCGAUCCAUCCGUGCAUGGUGAUUUGCACUUAAAAUUUCUGCUUUUUUUCUAAGCGAAACUGAGUCAUCUUUUUCUCAAACACCGUCUCUUUAAGACGUUAAGUGAGCGUUCAAAGACCUUGUCAGUUGUCCGCCCGUGCCGCGUGGUGCAGCAGAUUGUUUUCUUUUCCUUUUUUUUGUGUGGACGCUGAAUCAGAUUGUCGGAGGCCGACAGCAAUACGUCCCCUCAGCAGCAGCCAGGCGAUCUGGUGACGACGCUGUAGUUUUCUGUCCACGCCUGCACUUCAGAAGUUUAACUAAGACAAAAAGAAACAACAAAAAAAAUUGUGCAGCAUGAGAUUGUGAAGGGCCAGGGGUAUGUGGGCGGGUUUUUGUGGGGGUGGGUUUUAUGUUUUCCUGCCUCUCUCUGACGACGGUGGCGUUUUUACAGCAUCCUUUUAUCGUGUGUGUGUGUGUGUGUGUGUGUUUGUCAUGCAGGAGUCACAAGCUAGUUGGGAGACAUGUGAUCACCAGCCACCGGGCCCAAUGCUGGUAUAUUUUAGGCAGGUGCUGGUGCGUUUUUGUACGCUACUCCUUCACUGCCCUGUUCACCAGGUGUUUUGAAGUCAGGGAAGAGCAGUCGAGAGACUGGAGCACAUUCCACUGUGGAGAGAGAGAAAGGACAGGCGGGCAGGAGUGACUGAGAGUGUUAUUUCUCGCGAGUGGAUGUUCGUGGGCAGAUGUUUGAGACGUGAGGCGCGUCGACAUCUUUGUCUGUGUGUCCACAUCUGAAAAAAAUCUCUCAAAUGUUUAAACCACAGAUUUUCUCUCCUUCGUCUUGCCUUGAUAGCUAUUUAUUGCUUUUGCAAAAAAAAAAAGAGAAAAGAGUACACAAUUUAAUGUAAAUAGUUUACAGAAAGAUCUCUAUGUCUAUCAGCAAAUGUAUUUAUUAGAUAUUCGGAAUAUAUGGAUUAAUAUAAAUAUAUA